CGCUAUGAACGUCAACAGCAGUGGCGGAGGUAGCAAGAACCAACCGACCAGCACCAACAUCGGCAACCAUCACACCUUCAAUACCAACAGUAUUCUCAGCAGCAACGCCAACAAUCAACAUUACGCCAACAGCAAUGGGCAACAGCAAACGCUUCGUAUCAGCCGCAGCAGUACCCGCAAGAAGCCUUUCCACUUCAUUUCCAACAUGUGGAAGAUGAAGAAAAUCAUCAAGUUUGAGGACAUUAUGUUCCAUCGCGAGAUGAACUGUCGUGCUAGAUCGGAACCGUCAGUCUCUACCUACAACUGUACCAGCAAGGGCUGCCAGCGGAAAUCCUCACCCUCGUUCUCGAUGCUGAGCCUGUCGCCGGGCAAGUUCCAGAAGUCGGACGAGCUGGAGGUUACGCGGCUUCGGUUAUCGCGGAACGAUAACCCCUUCGUACAGAAGGUCCUAGCGAGCCGGGACAAUGUGACCGACGUUAUCGACGACACCGAGUCCGAUGACGCGAUUCUGAUAUUAAUGUCUGACGAGUUUAAUGGCGAAACCGAAACCGAUCCACUAGCGUUGCCGCAGGUCCACGAACACAUGAUACGAUCCCCACCGCCGACAUUUUGGCCCCGUUCGCAAAAGACUGUGUUUAACUUUGGAGGCGAAGAUCGAACGCAAAUCGGAGCGGAAACCAUUUCAGGGGGUUCGAAACAUGAACGAGCGAACCAGUGCAACUACUAA